AUGUUUGGCAGGGCAAUGUUGUCAGUCGAUAUGCCACUUGUCUUGGCAUCCUUCUUCUUCUUCUUCUUCUUCUUCUCCUCCCUCUCCUUCUCCUUCUUGAUCUUCUCCUCGUCUAUGUUAAUCUUGUCUGCUUUCGUCUUCUUCUUCUUCUUCAUUAGUAUGUCGAAGUUUAUCUCGUCUUCGCUCUGCUCCCAUGUCUGCGUGUCGGCUUGCGAGACAGUGUUGACAGGCUUGUCAACAAUAUCGAUGUUGUUCAUGUCUCUGAAUUGA